AUGCCAUCGCUAAGCGAUGCGCCGGGACUCGCGAAGUGCUGCGAGCAGACCAUGCAGCAUCCAUCGGACAACAGCAGUGUGUUCGAAUGCUGGGAUCAGGUCGAGUCUACCAAUCAGGUGCUUCUGGCCGAGGAGCAGCAGCGAGGAAACCUUUCCCACCGCAGCUGCGACUCGGACAUAGAGCGACAGGAAGAGUUUUCCAAGCACAAACAGAAGGUGGAACAACAGCGGGCAGACAGGCUGCAGAGGCAAAAGCUGGCUGAGAAGCGCAAGAAGGACCUGGUUCAGAACAAAGGUCUGCAAGAGAGAUACAGGAGCUUGGGAGUGAAUAUUGUGAGUGUCACAGAAAAGGGCAUCACGGAAGACACCUAA